AUGCCACCGAAGAAAAGAAAGGUUGGAGAAAAAGUUGCUCGUAAAGAUACUGCAGCGAGCGAUGAUAUAGGAGAGACUGGUAAAAAAAGGAAACGGACGAAAGUUCAAACUAACGGGCAAUUUAUCAUUGAAAGAUGCGACGAGCUUGUGAAAGCCCUGCAAACGGCAUUUCCAAAGAUAGAAAGCCAAGUCAACCCUGAGAAGCCUCGUCGUGGAAGUUUUGAAUGUUACCUGUCAAAGGAAGAUGGCGAUAAGAUACUCCUUUGGAGUGGCAUCAAGCUGGGUCCUCCAAGAAAGUUAAAAUUUCCAGACCCUGACGUCAUCAUCAAAGCUGCUAAGGAAGCAAUACAAACUACCACUGCCAAAUAA